AUGGACCCCCCUGUACUCCAAACUAUCAACGACUUGGCCCAGGUUUCUCGAGAUCAAGCUGAAGUAUCCUCCACAGUGAUCAAUGCACUUGAAAAGAUUGUCAAAGAAUUGAGUGAAGUCCCAGAUCCAAUAGAGAACAAUUCUACCGAAGCUGAUGCUGAAUCUUCUAAAGCUAAAUCUUCUAAAGCUGAAUCUUCCAUAGCUGAACCUUCCAACCUUACGUCGCUGGUCGACAGUUCUAACGGUGUCCACAAUUCCACGGAAGUUUUGAUCGCAGCUCUUGAACGAGAAAGACUAGAAAUACUAUCUGAUAUCCAAAAACACGAGUAUAUCGGAAACCAAUUGCGAGAUAUUUUGGUCCCAAAUCAAAAAUUGGUGGCAGAUGUAAAGCAUUAUUUGGCCCGGCGCCAUCAGAUCCACGCUAACGAUGUAGAGACAAAUAACAACCGGUUGGUACAUUAUGAAACGGCGGUAGUAAAACCAACAAUUGAAAAACUCGAUAACUGUACCGACGAUUUGCAUAAGGGAAUUACAAUGUAUAAAGAUACCGUUCAAAUGUCUUUGGGUGUUGCGGCGUCAACCUCCGAUACGCUUACUUCCUUACAAUUCAAACGGCAAUUAAAUGCGUUGAUCGAUGUCCUAAAUAAUCUAGCUGAAACUGCAAGCUAA